ACGUAUUGGUUGAUACUUGACGCAUGCGCGGUUGAUCGAAAUUCGGAUCGUUACAUUCAAACGUGCAAGUGCUGUGGAAUCUGUGACUAGUGUAAGUGAAGUGAUACGAUCGGAGACGUGGAUUACUGAUCAGUGUAAGCGAGGGCCGAGAGCCUCGCAGGCUUCAGGAUGAAGAGAUAAAUCUUGGUGCGUUGACCGGCUGCAGUUCGACGCCCGUUCGCGAAUAAACGGUGUCGGCCGCGUGAUGAGCUGAGAAAAAACUUGUAAGAAGUGAUAUAAACCAAACAGUGCCUAAUAAAACGUGGAAGUAUAAUAGUGAAAAGUAAGAAAUUGCCACAGUAAAGUGUAAACAGAAGGUGAAGAGUGCAAAAUGCGAGUGUGAGUGAGCAUGUAAGCAUGAAACGCAGUAAGUCUUACACGUGGCUGUCGGGGCUCCUGGGGGCGAAACCGGAGCCGGAGGAAGAGUGGGGGGCGAGACCGCAGCCAGAUGAGGAGUGGGGGGCGACGUGGGUGCGCGCAGACAACGCCAAAAACGACAGGCCGGUCUGCCGCAACUGCGUGGUGUCACCAACCGGGUCAUCCCCACCACCGCUACACGAGCAAGCCUCAUCCCCCCCACCGCCAGCGCCGUCAUCCCCACUCUCCCCCCGGCUGCUACCUUCCCUCCCCUCGCCACAACCAAGCCACAGCGGCUCUUCAGCGCCGAGCCAAUCAAACUCCCCCCACCCGUACUCUUACCCAAGUUAUCGACGAAGUGGUCAAGAAUUCAGUCAGCCUGGUCAAAGUUACCAAUCUCCACAGUCCCCCCAGUCAGCCAUGUCGCUGUCCCCUCAUCCUAUACCCCAGGGGAAGUUCAGGGGGCUGCUGGAACAUGCUGAAAGGCUGAUGAAGCCUGGAGACCCUCACAGGCACUCGCAGAGUGAUGAUGACUCGGGCUGCGCGCUGGAGGAAUACACCUGGGUUCCACCAGGACUUAGACCUGAGCAGGUGCACCUGUACUUCUCAGCUCUGCCAGAAGACAAGGUGCCGUAUGUGAACAGCGUGGGGGAGCGGUACCGGCUGAAGCAGCUGUUGCAGCAGUUACCUCCUCAGGACAACGAGGUCCGCUACUGCCACGCCCUCUCUGACGAGGAACGUAAGGAACUGCGUCUGUUCAGUGCGCAGAGGAAGAGGGACGCCCUGGGACGAGGUCAGGCGAGGCAGCUGCAUGCGCAGGCGCCGUGCGAGAGGUGUGAAGAGACGAUGUCGGCAGGCGACAUGUGCGUGUCCGCAGCCCGAGCUGGACCCUCGGCGCGCUGGCACCCCGGCUGCUUCGUGUGCUGCAGCUGCCAGGAGCUGCUGGUAGACCUGGUCUACUUCUGGAAGGAAGGCAGGCUGUACUGCGGCAGGCAUCACGCGGAGACGCUGAAGCCUAGGUGCUCGGCGUGUGAUGAGAUAAUCCUCGCAGACGAGUGUACCGAAGCCGAAGGACGAGCGUGGCACAUGAAGCACUUCGCAUGCGCCGAGUGCGCGAAGCAACUUGGGGGACAACGCUAUAUCAUGAGGGAAGCGCGGCCGUACUGCCUGCCCUGCUUCGACAACUGCUUCGCCGAGUACUGCGACGCUUGCGGCGAACCCGUGGGCGUCGACCAGGGUCAGAUGUCCCACGAAGGCCAGCACUGGCACGCCACGGAGCGCUGCUUCGCUUGCCACACCUGCAGAGCCAGUCUACUCGGUAGGCCGUUCCUACCUCGUAAAGGAGCCAUUUUCUGCUCAAUCGCUUGCUCAAAAGGCGAGCCACCGACGCCGUCUGACUCCUCCGGACCAGGACCCAGGCCUCCAAGAGUGCCGAGACCCAGGAGAGUCCCAUCACCGAAAUCCCCACCUAGAUCGCCUCAGAGAGAGCCAUCGCCACAUAUUGACGCUGAUUCGGAGCCCAGCGCGUCGUUAUGUCCAGAAUCACCACCGCCACACCCACCGCCUCCGCCUCACGCCUGUCUGAGUCUUGAUAGAGCGUUAGCAGACUUGAGAUUAGAACAGUCCAUGACGGAACACCAAAUACAGCCGACGCCAACAUCGGAGGAACCAAGAGAAGAAUCUCAUGACGACUGGAAGCCGCCCCAUCCCGUCGAAGCCCAAGCAGUUGUCACCCCUGGGCAUUCGUCUUCGAUGCCAGAAUUGACGUUGGUCGAUGGUAAAUCUCCUCGGAAGCCAAGAGGAGGCAGGACUGUGCGGUUUUGUGGCGAUGACAACGAAGCUUUCGAGCCGGGCGAGCCGGUCCGGAGGGAGAAAGUGAGAGACGACGACGCGAGCAGUUACUGCAGCACAUGUUCGUCUUCUUCUUCAUCGGCAGAAUCGUAUACAUUACCGACGAGAAGAGCAUACGGCGGGGUGCGGAUAUCUUACGUGCCGAAUGACGCAGUGGCGUGUGCCAAGCGAGAGAGACAGCGGAAAAAUGCACAAAACGACAAAAAUUGCAUAAUUUCGUGAUCUUGGGUUCUCAUAGUGCCUCACGAUCCCUCCUAGUGACACCGACCUCCGAUUAAGACUGACUUUAAGCGAAUAACCGCCAUAGUACUGUAAGAAAUAGAAUACGAAUCGUCUUCCUUGAAUCUGGGUUUCAAUCAUCUUCAGAGACCGUACAUUUCGUGGUGUAACUUGGGUUUUGAAGCAGCCACACUCAAAGUAUCAUUAACCACGUGUAUAACUUUUUAAUCCAAUUUAAAUCGCAGUAGUUAGAGGGUGUUGCUCGCCAGCCUAAAACCAGGUGUGCUUCAGCAUGUGACUUCGUCCGCCUUUUGUGUUUUGUGUCACUAAUCAUGUUUUGACGCGCAAGCGACGCUAUCUCCAUAAAAGGCCACCAAUGAAUAGAUAUUUUAGACAAAUUUGUAUCCCAACGCGUAAUUUGGGCUUAAUCGCUUCUAAAUGCGACAUUUCUUUCAUUCGAUUACACCUUUACAAUGCUUUCAAGCCUUUAUGAUUCAGUUGUAACAAAACCUUUGAAAUUGAGCCUUAUUCAAUUGCAAUAAAAUUAAUAAUCCCCUCGAAAUAACUAUGUCGCCCUAUGAAGGGAUGAAAAAAGGGUUGACUCAUGCGUUUGCCGGAUAAUUUAUUGAGGCCUAAAGUUAGUAACUGAUCUGAUUGUUAUGUAAUAUCAGCUUUAACUUAUAUUGAAGUAAUAUAUGUUUUAAAUUAUUCAACAUAUCGAAUAAUGUGUAACCAUAUCUCAUUCAUUAAAUGAUUAGUUUAAGACAUAUCCCACUUUGCCACUUAGUAUAGAAUUGUUUUAAGUAUUAAUUAAGAUAACUAUAGCAAUAACUGAGAUUCAUUGUAAAUUUUAUAACGAGUACAAAUGCGAUUUAUAAUAUUUUGUAUUUAAUUGUUUAUUGGUAACGUGUGUUCAACAGUUGUGUAUAUAACAAUAAGUAUAAUGUAAAAUUAGAUUUUAGGCUGCCUUACUUAUUUAUAUUUUGUAUAAUUGUAAAGGUAUACAAAUGUAAAGAAACGUAUUACAAUUGCCGAUAUCACAGCCUUAUAAUAUAAAUAAAGUAAA